AUGCCUUCGUUCAAGACGUUAUGCCUCACCACGGCAGCCGCACUCAUUCCCUUCAGCGCUGCUCUGGACGAGGCGACAUAUCCAUUCCAACCGCCAACAGACACAGACGUCCGAGCACCCUGCCCGGGUCUCAACGCCCUUGCCAACCACGGAAUGCUACCCCGUGACGGCAAAGGCAUCGACAUCGAGAUGCUCACGGACGCAGCGUACAAGGGCUUCACCAUCGCCGGCGACGCCACGCAGGUGUUCGGAAGCUUGGCCUUCCAGACGUCCACGACUGGCAACGCAUCGACGUUCAAUCUGGACGAUCUCAAGCAGCACAACCCACACGUCCUCGAGCACGAUGGGUCAAUGUCGAGAAAUGACUCGUACUGGGGCGACAACCUCUCGUUCAAUGACCAGGCUUGGGCAAGGACUCUGGAGAACUGGGGAGACAAUGACGUUAUCACCUUCGCAGUAGCCGCGGCUGAAAGGACAGCACGCUUUGCAUAUGGCGCCGCCACGAAUCCUGAGUUCGAUGCUAGCUCUGCCCAGACGACCUCGCUGCUGGAGUACUCGUUGAUCCUGUCUGCAUUUGGGGACUUGGUCGAAGGCAACGCAAACGCCACGUUCAUCAAGUACCUCUUUGAGAAGGAAAGACUGCCAAUUGAGCUUGGAUGGCAGCCACCAACUUCCAACAUGACGAUUGCCGGUGCGCAGGCCAUGGCGGCCAAAAUAGCUGUGUUGCUGUAA